AUGUACGUCUGUAGGGCCUGUCUGCGAUCCCUCUCUGGGGCGAGCAUCACACCUGUCCAGUCCCGGCUGGUACAGCCAUUGUGCAGGCCUCCGGUGGGUUUAGGGCCAUAUCGGCGGUGGUAUAGAGUAGGCGCAGGCGCAAAUGCCCCUUCCAGCACGAGUGCCGUCGAGGAUAGGGAGAAUGAGAAUGAAAAAAGGAAGGAGAGCGAGGACGGCGAUGCGAAGACCAAGGCCAAUGCGGCUGAGGAGGACAAGGCCGAGGGCAAAAAGAGGUAUGAAAAGAAGCUCGAAUGGGUGGUCAAGAAGCACCUCCAGUGGCUGGGCAACGAAUAUCUGGUUGCCCAGCAUGUCCACAAGGCUCUCUCGAAGGGUAGUUUUGAGGAGGCUCUCCUCCUGACGCGCAUGGCCAGCCGCAAGAUGAAGGUCGAGGUCGCCUGGAACCAUCUGAUCGACUACCACAUGAAGAAGGGCCGUCUGCAUGCCGCCGUAAAGCUGUACAACGAAAUGAAGAAGCGCGCCCAGAUCCCGAAUGCGAAAACCUACACUAUCAUCUUCCGUGGUUGCGCCCAGUCGCUGCAUCCCAAGCUAGCCGUGUCAGAAGCGACCCGUAUCUACAACUUCAUGUUGAAUCUGGGCUCCCUGAAGCCCAACACCAUCCACAUGAACGCCGUCCUCGAGGUCUGCGCCCGCGCCGGUGACAUCGACAGCCUCUUGACCGUGCUCAAGAGCGCCAACGAGACCGUGCGCGCUCCUGAUGCCCACACUUUCACCAUUGUCCUGAAUGCCCUCCGCUACGAUGUUAAAAAGCUGGAGAACGGUCGGCUCGGCUUGGUCGACCAGGAGGUGCAGGAGGAAAUUCAGCGGAAUGUUGGCAAGGCCCGCGCCCUUUGGGCCGAUGUGUUGGCCCGCUGGCGCAGUGGCCGCCUGCUACUCGACGAGCCCCUCGUGGUCGCCAUGGGUCGCAUUCUUGCCACAGGCGAUUACAAGGACUGCGACAGCAUCUUGGACCUUAUGGAGGAAACUAUGAAAGUUCCUCGACUCGAUAGGGUUGGCGCUAAGCUUCCAAACCCGCCGCCUGAUGUGUCUGCGGUGGACGAGAUGCCGUCUGCUCCCAUCCUAGAGAAGGAGUUGAAGAGGCAGGCCGAGCAGGCAAAAUUACAAGUAACGAAGGCAUCAGAGGAUGCAAAGCGUAUGACAGAGGAAGAAAGCCAGGGGAAGCCAGAGGGCAUGGAAACGGAUGAUGUUAAAGGGAAGGAGGAGAACAGAGAGCACAACGAUGAUAUUCCACAAGUGGACGUGUCCGACCUCUCACCCAAGAAGCGCCGCGAGCUGGCUGCAUCUCGCCCGAAGGGGGCGCCUCUAUACGCAAAGCCCGGAAACAAAGCGCUCUCCCUGGCGCUCACUUCGCUCGCCCGCACACGGAAAACAUCCCACGCCCACAAGUAUUGGGAAUACUUCACCAAAUCCCUCAAUGUCACCCCAGAUGCCGAUAAUUGGUACUGUUACCUGCGUGCUCUCGCCGUUGGACACGCUAGCGCAGCAGUGGCCGACGUGGUGCAUGCAAUGCCGGCUGACAUUGUGAGCCCCAUUACUUUCCGCAUUGCCUUCGGCGCGUGCGUGCAUGACAACCUCAAUCCCGACGCCUUCAGCAAUGCAUGCCGGAUCUUCGAGGCCAUGAUGGCCAAGAUGCGCUAUCCCGACCCCCUAUCGAUGCGCCUGUUCCUGCACGUGGCACGCCUCAACAAGCGGCACAUCUAUGACAAAGCCAUCAGGGCGAUUGAAAAGAUCAAGGCCGACCCCUCGCUUUCCACGAUCGAACGCCUGACCAAGGAGAGGCAGACCAGGAAAGCCGCAGACGUCGCCUAUGGCAAGCAGCUCAUCAGGGCAGUCGACGUCCUCUGGGAGCCGUUCCGCAUCCUCGUCUCCUCCUUCAGCUAUCCUGCUGCUUCCGAACCCGCCACCGGCUCUCCAGAGCAAGAAGUCGACUUGAAGCGCAACGACAUGCAGGAAGCAAUGGCGACUGCCCGCCGCAUGAUCAGCGCUAUUGAUAUUGUCACCAACCAGGAGAUGUUCCCCUCUGAGUCAAAAGAACAGCUGAUCCAGAGCAUUUUGAAGCCGCGGCGCGUGGUCCUACAGCGGCUGGUGGAACGGUAUAUCCUGAAAUUGUACCCACAAGGACCUCCGCCAGAAAAGAAGAAGAAAGAGUUUGAUGAUGACGAAGAGCCUACGAGAUUACCUCGAGGCAUCUUUGAUGCAUUUACUGAGGAGGCACGGUUGGCACAAGGGAGAAUGGCAGGUGAGAAAUAG